AUGGCGGCCGCCGACAUCUCAAACGUCGAAAAAAGGCCCGGGCCGCCUGUGAGAGCGUUUGCCUCUUCCUGUCUCUCCGGUCUUCGGGAUUCCGCCAGGUAUCUCUAUAGAACGACGGUCUGCGAGCAUAUUCUGGGGCUCGAAAGCCGCACCAGCUCGGGCGGUAGUCGACGAGUCCCUCUCAGCAUCGAGCAGGCCAAGCCGCUCACUGAUCCGCGCCGUGGCAACCAAGCGUACAUUUCCAACGACAUUCGCACCUCGCGCUACACCGUCUUCAACUUUAUUCCAAAGCAACUGUUUUUUCAAUUCACUCGCGUUGGAAACUUUUACUUUCUCUGUGUCGGCAUACCUCAAGUGGCUGGCCUCUCCACCACCGGAAGCUACACCACGAUCCUGCCCCUGCUCUUCUUUGUGCUGCUCACUAUUGUCAAGGAAGGCUAUGACGACUAUAGGAGAAGCCGUCUCGACAAGAUUGAAAACUCCAGCUUCACCACGACCCUGGGGCGCAAGGACCAUUACACAGAUAGGAUUAAGUCUGCGCCUUCAAUUCAAAAAUGGAACCCGUUCCAUGUCGCGACCCCGACGCAACCCCCGAUUUUGCCAAAGGAUGUCUACGAGGGCACUAAAUGGGUCCCUAUUCGCUGGAGCAAUCUCAAGGUCGGAGAUGUCAUACGGCUGAAUCGUGAUGAUUCUGUACCUGCCGAUAUCGUGCUCCUCUGGACCAGCGACGAGAAUGACGUCGCCUACAUCGACACUAUGGCCCUCGAUGGCGAGACCAACCUCAAAAGCAAGCAGCUUUCCUCGGCGCUCAGCGGAUGCGGCACCAUUGAGGGUAUCGCCAACUGCAAGGCCACCUUCGUCGUCGAGAACCCAAACCCACAACUCUUCAAUUUUGACGGCUCCGUGUCUGUCGACGGCAAAAGUGUGCCUCUCACCCUCAAUGAGGUGAUAUAUCGAGGCAGUGUCGUGCGAAACACGACCGCCGUUGUCGGCAUCGUCAUCAACACCGGAGAAGAGUGCAAAAUUCGCAUGAACGCGAACCAGAAUCCCGUCGCCAAAAAGCCAGCCCUCGAGAAGAUCGUCAAUUGCGUCGUGGUUACCCUUGCAAUUUAUGUAGUUGUCGUGUCCCUUGGCCUUUUUUGGGGCCACGUUCUUUGGCGAAACCGUUAUCUGGGCAAUGCGUGGUUUCUUCCUCGUAAAGACUUCCGCGCUUACGAAAUCGUCGUUCCCUUCAUCAUCAUGUUCAACAACGUCGUCCCGCUUUCUCUGUAUAUCUCGCUGGAAAUCGUCAAAGUUGGGCAGCUACUGCUCCUCAAUUCAGAUAUUGGCAUGUACGACGAAGAGACCGACACGCCUGCUAGAUGCAACACCAACACAAUCUUGGAAAACCUUGGUCAAGUCGGCUACAUCUUUUCCGACAAAACUGGAACCCUCACAGACAAUAUCAUGAAAUUUCGCAAAAUCAGCGUUGCGGGGACCGUGUGGCUGCACGAGAUGGACUUGGUGGAAGAAGACGAGAAUACAACGACUAGUCUUGGUGAUUCAAGUCGAGAACCUUCGCUAUACAAACCUGACCCGAUUCCAACUUCACCGUUGAGCCCGUCCUACAUGAAAAAUCCCCUGUCACCGCGCAUUUCCACGGGGGCCCGCCCCUCCAUGAGUGGCCGGCGCUCGUCCUCUCACUGGCGUUCUACUGGGCGCCCCGAUCACGUCCAGCCAGAAGUCAACACCGCCGACUUGCUGCACUACAUUCAGCUGCGGCCCCAUUCUGCUUUUGCUCGGAAAGCCAAGCAAUACAUCCUCGCAAUGGCUCUUUGCCAUACCUGUCUACCUGAGUACACCGAUGGCAAGAUUGAGUUCCAAGCUUCAUCUCCCGAUGAAUUGGCGCUCGUCCGCGCAGCCCAAGACAUGGGCUACUUAGUCGCCCAGCGAACGGCUAAGCACGUCACUGUCCAAAUGGCACUGGCUAACGGCCAGCUCGAGAGACAGACGUAUGAAAUCCUCGACAUAAUCGAAUUCAGCAGCAACCGAAAGCGCAUGUCUAUUGUCCUUCGCCGCCCGGAUGGCCGAGUCACUGUCAUUUGUAAGGGAGCAGACUCUGUUAUUCUCCCCCGUCUGAAGCAGUCAUCCCUCGCCAUGCAGAAAGCCACCGAAAUCCGCGCGAGCGCGGAUCUGGAGCAUGAAAUGCAGCGCCAAAGUGAACAACACCAGCCCAGAAACAGCUUUGGAGGCAGGCCCAGUCUGACUGUCAGACACACCGCCAGCUACAAGCCGGAACCGAGCAUACGACGUGCAGUGAUGCAUCGCAGCAAGUCCUUCGAGCUUAGAAAAUUCGUGAGAAGCUCUGAAGACGGGACCCGAGCUGGAGCCUCCACGCGAGGCCUGUCCAUGGAUAUUAACCGCGGACAUAUCCGUACGAGCGUGAAUCCGCAGCACGCCCAGCUUCCAGAGAACCUACAAUUCCUCGACGACCCAAGUAUCCACGACGACUCUGAAAUAUUCUCCAAGUGCUUCAAACAUCUUGAUGACUUUGCCUCUGAGGGACUCCGAACUCUACUGUUUGCACAAAAAGAUAUUUCCGAGCAAGAUUAUCGCGCGUGGAAAAAGGUGUACGACGAUGCGACGACGAGCUUUGACAAUCGACAGGAAAUGAUUGAAUCCGCCGGCGACAUGCUUGAGCAGGCAUUUUCUUUGGUCGGAGCCAGUGCGAUUGAAGACAAACUACAAAAGGGUGUUCCAGAGACGAUUGAGAAGCUCCGACGGGCCAACAUCAGAAUUUGGAUGCUCACUGGUGAUAAACGAGAAACUGCCAUCAACAUUGCCCAUUCAGCGCGACUUGUCCGCCCUGGUUCGGAUAUUUAUAUCUUGGACGUUGCCAAGGGUGCUCUCGAAUUCCAGCUGAUUGCCCUCACCGAGGAUCUCCAGGCAAGCACGCACCACAGCGUGGUCGUCAUUGACGGGCAGACUCUGGGAGCCGUCGAAGAGUCGCCAACACUGUCGAAGCAGUUCUUCGACAUCAUGCUAAAAGUUGACACAGUCAUCUGCUGUCGCGCGUCCCCCGCGCAAAAGGCGCUUCUGGUGCGCACAGUUCGGAACCGGCUCAGUAAGUUUGGCCUCAGCUGGCGCAAAGGCCUGACGCUUGCUAUUGGCGACGGCGCCAACGACCUGGCCAUGAUCCAGGCCAGCCACGUGGGCGUUGGCAUUUCUGGUCGUGAGGGCCUACAGGCCGCGCGGGUCGCCGACUACUCGAUCGCGCAAUUCCGAUUCCUGCAGCGUCUACUACUCGUCCACGGACGGUGGAACUACGUGCGCACGGCCAAGUUCAUCAUCUGCACGUUCUGGAAGGAGAUGUUCUUCUACCUCCCGCAGGCCUUCUACCAGCAGUACAACGGCUACAUAGCUACCUCACUAUACGAAGCGACCAGCCUCACAGUCUUCAAUACGCUGUUUACUAGUCUGUGUACGAUCUGUAUGGGCAUCUGGGAGCAAGACCUGCGGGCGGAGACGCUGCUGGCGAUCCCGGAGCUGUAUGUGUACGGGCAGCGCGACAUGGGUCUAAAUUUAGGCAAGUACUUGCGCUGGAUGCUGCUUGCGGCCGUCGAGGGCGUCAUGUUAUGGUACGGUGUGUGGGCUGGCUAUGGCUGGCAAAUGUCACAGGGCUCCCUGGAUGACGGACUGUACGGGCUGGGCACGCUCGUGUUCACGACGGGCGUGUUGUGGAUCAACUUCAAGCUGUUCGUGCUCGAGACGCACCACAAGACGGGCAUUGUGAUAGGAUCCUUCUUCGUCACCACUCUUGGCUGGUUCCUGUGGCUGGUUUUUCUCGACAACAUCUUUCCCCGGUCGGCGCUGCCCACCUACGAGAUCCGCCAUAGUAUGGGGAGGUGGGGGCGCGACCCGGCCUGGUGGAUGACGUUGUUUGCGGUGCUCAGCCUGCUGGGGCUGUUGGAGAUGACACUCAAGGUAGCCAAGCGGCACCUCAUCCUCGCGGGCGUCUGGAAGUGGCCGCCGUGGCGUGGAUCAGCCGGGCUGAGCGAGAAUGUCGAGGAGUGGGACGUGGAGAUGUGGCAGGAGUUGGAGCAGAAUCCGGCAGUGAAGGCCAGGUUGAAGCUCAUGGCACGCGAGUAUGAUGAGCAGGAGCUGGAUGGCGAGGAGGGGGGAGAGGGGGAAGAGGAGGGGGAAGAAGAGGAGUAUGGGCAGAGGGGACCGGUGGAGGAGACGAUCGAAGUGAGUGCGAGCCAUGAUGAUGAGGAGAGGGGCGAGAAGAGGAAAACGGCAUUUGUUUCUUCGGCGUGGCGUAAAUUGAGAAAAUGA